AUGGCGGAUUCUCUGCUCUCAUCCAUUGCUACCUUUCACACGACAAAAAUCAUUGUCACUGAUCCAACCAAGUUCUCUUUUAUUGGAUCCAUUCCUGAAGCAAUGCUCGGUCGUAUCUCUGUGUCAAGUAACAUUCUCCAACAGUACAGGAAGCGUUCAUCGUCUGGUCCAAGAGAGCUUACGCCAGCCAUGAUUCGCUCUAUUGAAGAGGCUGACAAGCCAACCAAAAGGGAUAAGAAGCCGGAUACACAGAAGGAAGGCCCUGUCAUUAAACCAACUAAGGGGCAAACCCCCAAGAAGCGAAAGUCUGAUAAGGCUGCAACUUCUCAGGCUCAACCGAAGAAGCAGAAGAAGCCUGCUAGGAGGCUUAUUCUUCAAACUACAAGUGAUUCAGAUUCAGAAUAUGUCCCUCCUAAGCAUAAGAACACUCCUCCUUCAGAAUCUGAGAGCGAAAGCUCUGAUGAAGAGGCUUCGGGCCGAGGUGAUACUCCGCCUCGCUCCCCUACCCCAGAAAUUCCAGUUCGCUCUAAUCCUCCUUCACCUCCACCUAUAACCAUCCCAGUAUCCAUCCCUCCUAUAUCUCCCAUUCCAACCACUCAACCAUUCACUACAAUUCCUAUCCCCACUCCCAUUUUCACAGAUACCACUACUACCACUACUACCACAAAACCUUACUUUACUGUUCCCAAUCCACCUGUAACUGAACCACCAGUCACAACCGAACCUCCACCUACUUCAAAACCCUUAUCUCCCACACAAUCCACUGAAAUAACUCCUAUUCUAGGCGGUGAGGACGUGGAAUUUGAUUCCACGUAUUUUAGUCCUUACCAAGUGCAGAGUGAUGAUGAUGACAAUGAGCCUGUUACAAAGCGUUAUCUCAAGGUGGUAAAUGAAAAGCUUGAUCAACUGCUUUCAUCCUCUUCCUCUGGCACUUAUUCUAAAGCUGCAUUGAAGGCCUUGUUCUCCUCUGUUGUUACAGAACACAGUGCCACUUUAUCUGAUGCAGUCAAAGCAAUCAAAGCCUCUACUUCCCAAUGUCAACAAGCCUCUCUUGCUAUUGAUGCGUCUACUAAGGAGUGCAAGGCAGCGACCGCAAAAUUCGAUAAACUAGUCUCUGAAGCUCAUUUGUUUUUAGAUUCCUUGCAGGCUGCUGCUGCUAAGAAUGCCCAAACUGUCAACGCUUCAGUAGAGAACCUUUAA